AUGGUGGUGAAUUCAGUGCACUGGUUUCGUAAAGGUUUGCGGCUGCACGAUAACCCAGCGCUACAGGAGGCCCUGAAUGGAGCGGACACAGUGCGCUGUGUUUAUAUCCUGGACCCGUGGUUUGCUGGAGCCGCUAACGUGGGGAUUAACCGAUGGAGGUUCCUGCUGGAGGCCCUCGAGGACCUGGACAACAGUUUAAAGAAGCUCAACUCACGAUUGUUUGUUGUCAGAGGCCAACCUACUGAUGUGUUCCCCAGACUGUUUAAGGAGUGGAAUGUGACGAGGUUGACCUUUGAGUAUGACCCAGAGCCUUAUGGGAAGGAGAGGGAUGGAGCCAUUAUCAAAAUGGCUCAAGAGUUUGGUGUAGAGACCCUCAUCAGAAACUCCCACACCCUCUACAAUCUCGACAGGAUCAUCGAGAUGAACAACAACAAUCCACCUUUGACCUUUAAGCGGUUUCAGACGAUUGUGAGCAGACUGGAGUUACCUCGAAGACCAUUGGCACCCAUUACUCCACAGCAGAUGCACAAGUGUCACACAAACAUUUCUGAGAACCACGACCAGCUCUACAAUAUACCGUCAUUAGAAGAACUAGGUUUUCGCACAGAAGGAUUGCCUACAGUAGUGUGGAGAGGAGGGGAAUCUGAGGCACUUGAACGACUCAACAAACACCUGGAUAAGAAGGUAUGGGUCGCCAGCAUCGAGCACCCCCGAGUGAGCACUUGCUCACUGUACGCCAGCCCCACCGGCCUGAGCCCGUACCUGCGCUUUGGCUGUCUGUCAUGUCAUGUCCUGUACUACAACCUGAGAGAGCUCUAUAUGAAGCUACGGAAGCGAUGCAGUCCUCCUCUUUCCCUCUUCGGACAGCUGCUAUGGAGAGAGUUCUUCUACACCGCGGCCACCAACAAUCCCAAUUUUGACCGCAUGGAGGGAAACCCUAUUUGUGUUCAGAUUCCGUGGGACCAGAACCCUGAGGCUCUGGCAAAGUGGGCUGAGGGUCGCACCGGGUUCCCUUGGAUUGAUGCAAUCAUGACUCAGUUAAGACAGGAGGGCUGGAUUCAUCAUCUGGCCCGACAUGCGGUGGCCUGUUUUCUGACCAGAGGAGAUCUGUGGCUCAGCUGGGAGAGUGGCAUGAAGGUGUUUGAGGAGCUACUGUUGGAUGCUGAUUGGAGUGUGAACGCUGGCAGCUGGAUGUGGCUGUCCUGCAGUGCCUUCUUUCAACAGUUUUUCCAUUGCUAUUGCCCAGUUGGAUUUGGAAGGAGAACAGACCCAACUGGAGAUUAUAUCAGGCGAUACAUCCCAAUUUUGAAAGACUACCCAAACCGCUACAUCUAUGAGCCUUGGAAUGCGCCAGAGUCGGUGCAGAAAGCAGCCAACUGUGUGGUUGGAGUGGAUUAUCCCAAACCAAUGAUAAACCACGCAGAAGGAAGUCGGCUCAAUAUUGAACGAAUGAAGCAAGUUUAUCAGCAGCUGUCGCACUACAGAGGAUUGAGCUUACUUGCAUCAGUACCAACUAUCCAAGAGGAAGCAGAGCCACCGAUGACGGAUGAGUCUCAAACGAGCAGUGGCCCUGACUCUCCACCUAAGCCUCCUGAUGUUGACACAGCAGGGUGCUCCACAGCUCCAGACUCGUCUACCAUGGGCAUGUCUUCAUUCACGGUGGACAACACGGCUCUGGAGGAGGCUUCCCUCCCACAAAACGAACCCCCUACUACCAUAUCGUCCACCUCCACUGACCCUAUGACUGGACAACCUAAGCCCCCUUCUCCUAUGUCACCGUCUGCAAAUGUAGCCCCCUGCUCAGGUCGCUCUAACUCACUGGGUCCCAGACGAAAGAGCCUGACCCGGAAGGCACGUUGGAACCAGAGACAGAGGGGCCGACAGAACUGUACUACGGCUGUCAAAGAGGACAGGAAGACCGAUGAGGAAUCCCGGGACAUCACCGGGACAUCAACAAUAACUCGGCAUGUACCAAGGAAACUCGUGGAUGAGACUUAUCAUCCUGCUCCUGUGGAAAACCAUGACACCCAAAGCCAUACCCCACAGAAAGCAGCAUACCUCUAA